AGCUUGUACUCGUACAGCUACUACGAAGAGCCUGUGGAAGUCUCCGAAGAUUGUAUGGUCCCAGACCAUGAGAUGCCAGGCACGUGGAUGUACAACAAGGACAUAGAUGACGUAUCCGUACUUGCACUAGUUGUGUGCUCCACACGCCUCAUUGCUGCCAUAGUCGCUGUUGGGGCUCUCGGUACGAUUGCACUAUGCCGGCCAGGGGCUGCUGCAUGGUCAGUGAGCGCACACGAGGAGUGUAGGUGGCUCUCGCACAUGGUCUUCUUCCAAGGGAAGCUCUACGCUCUUGACAGCAACGCUGACCCUGAGGAUCUUAUUGCCAUCGACAUUGUGGAUGAUCAUGACUGCCACGAGCCAAGGGUGUCUAGAAUUGAGCGCCUCAUUGUAGGUGCCUUCUUGCCAACCCAAAAAUAUUUCCUCUGCCAGUGCUACCUCCUUGAAUCACAUGGCACACUACUAAUGAUCCGCAGAAAGCUUUACUACAAAGCAGAGCACCCGUCUGAAAGAAGACACGGCGGCAUUCUUGUGGCUGGUAGCAGCGAGUUUAAAGUGUUUGAGGAGGGCUUGUGGUCUGAGGUGAGGACUUUGGGGAAUGACCAAGCGUCGUUCCUUGGGCGAGGAUGCUCGAGAGCUAUAUGUGUGUCUCCAUACGAUCUUUCACAGGACUGUCUCUUCUUCGUAGAUGAUUACAUCGAUUGGCUUUGGAAGAAAACAACUACAUCUUGCGGAGUGUAUGACAUGAAAGAUGAGAAGGUCUAUUCGCCCUUGCCUAUGGUACCUUGGAAGAGUGGAGAUGCCCCAGCAACCUGGCUUUUCUCACAAGGUGAGACACAUAGUUUGCAAGCAGAAGGGGAGCAUCUGCAGGAAAUUGUGGAACCUGAACAAGAUGAUCCUCAUACGCUUCACUAUGGAGGGACUUGUGCUGCCGGUGCUUCUACCGCUCAGUGAAACUGCUAGGAAGGGUUAAAGAAAUCUUCAUGUAGCCAUGUUUUCCUACACAAAAGGCUAUGACGGUACCCAGACGCGCUUGGAUAUCACUAGCUGGGAGCUGCAUGAAAACAAUGCCUGGCCUGUUAUUGCCUUAUACUUGUGUUUUCAUGUCUACGGUGUCGCUUCAAACACCCCGUUCUAAUUAAGGGUGCUAUUUACAUUUGGUAUGAGUGACUGCUACCGAAGUUGAUUACGCGCGCUGUGGUUGUGUCUCUGUUCUUGAAUCCUGAUGAUCUUGUUCUGGUAUGAUUUGUGUGCUUUUGGAACUCAAUGGGUGCUUCGCCGCCUGUCUUAGUUUUGUAACCGUGUUGCAAAGUUUGGAGCUGAUGUGCUAUACAUACAGCAUGUUUGUACUGAUUUCCUGGUUGUUUCUGGGUUUUGGGCUGGUGGUGAUCGUGUG